CUCUCUCCUCUCUCUCUCGGCGUAGUUAGUUAUUAAGCAGCAGCAGCAACACGGAGGCGGACAUCGUCUCCUCUCCUCCCGGCUCCUCUCUCCUCUCGCCAUCCAAUUCCGGAGCCCGCAUUUAGUGUAGCUCUCUCCCCGGCCAGGCGGCUAAUGGAGCGGUCGUCUCCCCUCUUGUCUCUCAACAACUACAAGGACAAAUGCUAGUUUCCCCCCCCCCAACAACCUUCAUCUUCCUGUCGACGCGUCUUGGGAGCCUCCUCUCGGGAAGUUAUUUUGGAUAAAAAGACAAAAAGCUCCCAAAGUGGUCGUCGACGCUGCCAAUCAAGGGUUUAUUCCUCUUAGAGCUGGCUGGACUCCGACCUGGACUGCAGACCAGACUAAGGAAGUCUGCUGUGAGUACUUUGCUGUGCUGUUGUCACAGGACAAAGACAACCUUGGGAUGCGUCUGACAAAUUAAUGCACCACUGCAAGCUUAAAAUGAGCAUAACAGGUGACUUUUGCUUCAAGACUUAUGAGCAAUGACCUCCCGAUGAGUCAACUUCUAGGUCUGGGGGUCUACUAGUUGGCGGGGCCUCCUUGCCGACAUGAAAGGACUGGGGACCAGCCACGGCCGACACUUGUCUGAGUCCUGUGACCCUUCUUCUGGCCAUGUCGAGGCCCUGUACCACCAGAAGACCAGCACCAUGCCGCGCAGUCCUUACCUGCUGAACCCUACAAUGGACCACUAUGGGACUAUGGACCCUCAUCUUUACCCUUCAGCCAACCCAGGCUCCCUUCCAGCAGAAUGCCUGCUGCCCCUUAACAACCAGCUGUCCAACAGCAGCACCUUCCCCAGGAUUCACUACAACUCCUACGACCCAUCGGACUUCGCUCCACCUGCCGAGAGCAUGGGCGGGAUUGGAACCGGGACUUUAGGCGCGUCCAUGUCAAUGGGCAUGGGGGCAGGGAUGGGCAUGGCGGAGCUUAGUAGACGUGCUAUGAUCACCAGCGGUUCAGCGACUAUAUCACAUCACAUGACCAAGAAUCAAACACCAGCCAGUCUGCUGGACUUUGAGAAGCAACUGCCCGGAGGCCGGGACGGCUUCAGCACGUUACAGUUCCACCGGACGUCGGCGCUAGCAGCCGCCAAGCAGCGUACGGACAGUCCCGGUCGGAUUCGCUACAUGCUGCACUCUGUGCAGAAGCUCUUUGCCAAGUCCCAGUCCCUGGAGAGCCACCACAUGAAAGGAAACAUCAACGGGCGCUCCACGGGCAGCGGCGGGGGCUCGUCCAGCACGGAGGAUGGGGGGAAGCACACCCGCAGGUCCAAAAGUAAAGACCGUGGAACCAAACCAGAAGCAACCGCCAAACGACGUCCGCGCUCCAACAUGUCGGGGUACUGGAGCUCCGACGACUUGGACAGCAGUGACAUGAGCAGCUUCCACAACACCAUGGCCAUGAUGACUGUUGGACAACCCACUGGCCACCAGAACCAGAACAGAUACAUUCCCAGCGGCUACAACACCAUCAGCUCGUCCAAGAGCAGCAGCGACAUGAAGUAUUCCGCACCCAGGGGUGACUUGGGAGGGUCUCAUGUGGUUCUGAACGACAAUGACUUCAUGAAAGGAGGCUCCUGGUCUGCGCUGACUAUGGGCCAACCCAGGCCACUGAUCCAGAAGGGCUCAGCAACUUUAGACCGGUCCUUGCUCAAAUCCAGGUCAUGCCAGCAGCAGCUGGCCUGCAACUACCUGCAGGUUGGACGAAGGGGGGACUGGAGCAGCUCUUUGGGCGGCGGCAAUGAAAUCCCCUGCAGGAGAAUGCGUAGCGGGAGUUACGUGAAAGCCAUGGCAGACAUGGAGGACAGCGACGACUCGGAGGGGAGUCCCAAACCCUCGCCAAAGACUGCCGCUCGCCGCCAGAGCUACCUCAGGGCCACUCAGCAUUCCCUCAGCGAGCAGCUGCCCCUGCGCAACAGAACCCUGGACGGGACCUUGGUGCAGGACAUGUGGUCUCCCCUCCACAGCGGGUCCUCCCUCCAACAAUUGGGCAGGUCAAUGAGCAGCUGUCUUCCAUCCCUCCGAGAGCUGUCCAAUAACCGCAGUCUGGACAACCUGGCCUGCAUGGGGGGUCCGGGCUCCCCUUUGCCCCACUGGGAUGACGACGACUUCAGCACUUUGGGCAGACGGAGCUGCGUGGGUCGAGACCUGGACAUGAGUCAUCACUACGAGGACCGCAGCUCCGACUCCACGUACCGCUCCCAUUCUCAGGACCGCCCGGACUUGCCCACGCCCACCUGCUUCCGCUCCCGCAGCCACAGCUACCUGAGGGCCAUCCAGGCGGGCUGCUCUCAGGACGACGACGUGACUUCCAUAGACUCCGGCUCGCUCCCGCCCUCCGACGCCACCGUCCGCACCUACGCCACCAGCACUGACGGCCUUUCGACACAGUGGAAGACUUGGAAAGAGCAGUUUGGCUCUUACCUGAUAGCCAAUGGCUUGGACCAAGCCCCAAAGGAGAAACAGCUCGCGAUAUUUCUCCAGCGUUUGGGAACAGACAGACCACGCAUCACACCUGCACAGACAGUCUCAUGCAUCACCACCUGUAAGAAGGCCGCGCCCCCGCCAGUGCCGCCACGCACCACCUCCAAACCCUACAUCUCCGUGACCGUGCAGAGCAGCACAGAGUCGGCGCAGGACAAUUACCUGGAGCAAAGGUCGGAGGUCAACAGCCAGUCCAGCCACGCCCACAGCAACUCGUCGGACAGCCUGGACAGCACCCGCGCCAACAGCCUGGCGCGAGGAAUCCCUCGCCCGCCGCACAUCAUCCCCACUCCCAUCGCCAUCCCCAGAGAGCCGCUGGCCCCCACCACCGCCAACGCGUCCACGGAAACCAGCGACUCCGUGGUCCAGCACGAAUCUGUGAAGUCCAGUAACUCCGACACGGAAGAAGCGCUCGUCGUCCCGGUGCCCAGACGGAAACUCUCCUCUAUUGGCAUCCAGGUGGACUGUAUACAAGAAGUUCCCCGAGAAGAGACCCCACCACUGGCCAGGUUUCAGUCCAUUGGAGUACAGGUGGAGGACGGGUGGCAGCCCAGUCAUCCAAGUAGCAUGGCCUCCAAACAAGUCACAGACUCCUAUUCACAGGACUCCCCGGGCCAAGCCCACGUUAGUCAGCCCAAACCCCCUGAGAAGAAAGUCCUGGUCAGUAGUGGCAGCCAGUCGCUGAGCUCUCCCCCCGGGCAGACCUCCUUGGACAACGGCGACAUCCCCGGUGAAGCUUCCUCGCCUCCGCCUCCCAGGCAGAUCCUCAACCGCUCCACCACACGAAGUAGCUCUUCCUCUUUCUCAGAAAGUCUGGACCCGGCGCUGGACCCCUCGUCACUCCCGCCCCCAGAGCCCUGGCUGGAGAGCAGCAGCACCAGCAGCAGUGUCCCCCCAAGUGUCAGCACGCUGUGUCGGAGAGAUGGCCACUGGUUCCUGAAGCUCCUGCAGGCAGAAACGGGACGCAUGGAAGGAUGGUGCCAGCAGAUGGAGCAGGAGACCCUGGACCACCAGCUCUCAGAGGAGGUACUGGGCAAGGUCCGCAGUGCAGUCGGAAGUGCCCAGCUCUUAAUUUCCCAGAAGUUCCAGCAGUUCCGGGGGCUUUGUGAACAAAACUUGAAUGUGAACGCCAGUCCUCGGCCAACACCUCAGGACCUGGCGGGUUUCUGGGACCUGCUGCAGCUCUCCAUCGAGGACAUCAGCCUCAAGUUUGACGAGCUCUACCACCUCAAGUCCAAUGACUGGCACCCUGUGUCGUCUGCGGCCGCCCACUCGCCCCCUGAGCGGAAGGACCAAGACAAAACCCCUCCUCCGGCGUCAAAGACGGCCGCUAAGGGACGACCCUCCUUGGGCCGCGAGAAGAGCGCGGACUCCUCGUCUUCGCUUCCGGCGGAGAAGCAGAGACAAGAGGCCCGCAAGCGUCUGCUGGCCGCCAAGAAGGCAGCGUCUUUCCGCCAGAACUCCGCCACCGAGAGCGCGGACAGCGUGGAGAUCUACGUCCCGGAAGCACAGACUCGCCUCUGAGCGUGGAAUGUAAGGUCAGACCGUCGGGUGGAGCAGUCGGGCUGAGAGUUACCUGCCGGCGGGAGAGGAAGACGUUUGCAAUGCAAAUGACAAAGUGGGGAUAGAGUUGGGGGAGGAGGAGACAAAUUCCCUUGACCGGAGCGGGGGAGGAUUUUUAACUUAAGAGCACACUUUGUAGGCUGCUCCUGAAGGCAUCAUAUGUAUCACACACUAUUAUGGAAAGGAAUAUUUAUCAUAGAACUGUAUUCCAUAUUGGCUCUGGGAUUUAUUUAGUUCCUUAAAGAGAAACUGCUUUUUUUAAGAAGAAUUUUGCCUAUCAUUCAUAAUCCUUAUGUUCAAAAUGCAUUCUAAAUAGUAAAUAAAUGCGAUCAAAAGUCAGCUAACAAGGGCGCUUACAGGACUGGCUCCACUCUGCCCGGGGCGGCAUGGCGUAGUGGGUAGAGCGGCCGUGCCAGAAACCUGAGGGUUGCAGGUUCGCUUCCCACCUAUGGACAUCAAAGUCGCUGCCGUUGUGUCCUUGGGCAGGACACUUCACCCUUUGCCCCCGGUGCCACUCACACCGGUGAAUGAAUGAUUGGUGGUGGUCGGAGGGGCCGUAGGUAGCCACGCUUCCGUCAGUCUACCCCAGGGCAGCUGUGGCUACAAAUGUAGCUUACCACCACCAGGUGUGAAUGAAUGAUGGGUUCCCUCUUCUCUGUGAGCGCUUUGAGUAUCUAACAAUCGGAAAGCGCGAUAUAAAUCUAAUCCAUUAUUAUUAUUAU